AUGUCUACAGCCCAACAAACGCUACGGCCCCCUUCGCUGCCUUGGUACUGCGGUGCGGAUGAUUUGCCUCAACCGCUCCCAACCAGCGAGGAGAUCGAAGCCGCCACCGAAGAGUUCCCCAGCAUCUUCGACUCCAAUGCUCGGCGCACAGUUCUAGUGAAGGAGAUCUUCGUGGUCAAAUACGGCCCGUUCGUGUUUGAGAACGAAGGGCAUGCACUGAUGCUCUACGUGCCCGGCACCCAGUUGAGCGAUCUCUGCCAUCCCUUGCGGAAGAUGAGAAAACGCCCAUCGUGCACCAGCUCCGACACGUGUGCGAUCGAUUACGAAUGCUGUCCUCGCCGGGACACUACGGCGGCGUAUACGGAGGACCUAUUCAGCAUCGGUAUUUCAUGUCUGUCGAGAAAGACCCCCGCAUCACUGGCCCGUUCACAAACGAAGAGGAUGUCAAUCGCGCACUCAUACUGCGGUCGCGUGGUUACUGGGCCUCGUGUGGCGAGCAUGGCUGGAUGA